ACACUUUUUUCAUUCUUUCAACUCACACAUUUUCUUUAUUACAUUCUUUGUAACUUCUCCUCCUUCCUCUUUUUCUGCAACUAAUUAAUUAACAUGAAUGACAACACUACCUUGUGUUAUUUCCAUCCCAAAGAAGUGGUUAUAGGAGUAUGUGCUUUGUGCUUAAAUGAAAGGCUUCUAGUCUUGGCUUCUAAGCAAGAAAAGAAGAUUAAAACAUCAAAGACCAGAGAUCAAAACUACUACAGUUUCUUGAGUGCAGAAAAGAAGAACAAUGACCAUGAUCGUCAAUCAAGAAUUCAUUAUCUGCCAAAGAUGUUUGCUUUGAGCUCUCUUCUCAGUCGCCUUGACAUUAGACAUGCCCGCAAAGUCGAAGAGAUUAUUCAUGAUGAUGCUUCUUCCACUUGCAGCUAUGAAGACUCUUUUAUAUCAAUAAAGUUUGAAAAUAAUGGAGUUGCCUCAUGGGAGAAGGGAGGAGCUGGCACAGUACCAAAGGUGUCACUUAAGCAAUGUGACAAUAUGUCUAAUUGGAGCAGAAGCUCAAGCAAGGAGGGCAGAGGAGGAGCAGUAAUAGGGCAUGCAAAGCCACGUAUGCAGCUUAGGUGGCGGAAGCGGAUUGGACACAUUUUCCAGCUCAUCAGAUUGAAGAGAUCAUCCACCACCAAAUUAGAAGGAGUGAAGGUGAGACAUGGAUGGAUAAGAACUCUGACAAAGAGAAAGACCAAAGAAUGAUUCAUAAUUCAUAAGGUGGUGGCAAAAAUUAAACCAAAGGGGCUUGUCCUUAAAAAAAGGUAAAGAAAAAAAGCUACAUUUUUUUUUUCCAUUUACAAGGUGUGAAUGAAUGGAAAAUAACUUUUGUGAAGAUUGGCUUAGCAUUAUCAUACCAUAAAAAUUAUUUUUUUAGGCUUUCCCUUUUUACUUGUUUGGCAUGUAUCCUAAAAUAAUGAGUGACAACCCCAUGUUAUAGCCACUUCUUGAAUUGUCUACAAAAAAGGGAUCCUCAAAACAAUUCUCUCCUAGCGUAUAGCUCUUGCCAACCCAUGUUAUUGGCCCUUUUUUAAAAGUGAAAAUGGCAAAAAGUCCAAUCUAAAUGCUUCACAAAAGGAAGAAAGAGGGAACAAGGGCCAUACCUCUUAUGCUACUAAGUAACUUGUCCUCUAGUUGUCUUGGUCAGAGCCAUCUUCUCUCUUGCUUCCCUUCACUACAAUAUACUCUGAAUUGUAAUAAUUGACAUGAGCUUUUGCUUUUUUACUUGACAAGACAAUUCUUGGAAACUUUAUGUAAAUUUUUGCUUGGAACAAUGACAUGCUAUUAAGCUAUA